AUUCUUAUAGACGUCCUGUACAAUAAAUGAGCUUAUCAAAUUGAAAUCUUAAAUUGUCGCAGCGUAAAAUGUCAAGUUCAAGAACACAGCUUAAAGAUUCAGAUAACUUUUAUUAUAUGCAAAUAGUUAUAUAUCAUACAGCAACUUAAAGAUUCAGACAACCGAAAGAUUCAGACAACUUCAGGACAACUUGAGUAUUGCAAAAAAGCUUCAUGGAAUAUCAGAUUUCAAGAUUCUGCAUAUAAUCGUAUCAACAUAUUAUCUGCUGUCCAUGCAUCAUUAACCAUUCACAAUAAAAAAAUCGAUCAAAAGGGGCAACAAGUAUGAACAGAGAACGGCUGAAAUACACAAUAUAUACACAAACCUGCCAUCGACACAUCAACACUGAGCACACAGAUCUACCAUUAAUUAGGCUCAUUGCUGAAGUUUUUAGGGUAUAUACCUUUAGUUGGGGAGGAAGACAGUUGAAAACUGAUUGCACCCCAGCUCUAGCCGCCGAUCUCCUCUUCCCUGCUCGCCGGCCUUCUGUUUUUCUCAUCGAUCUCCUCUGCCCGUCGCCUCCCCCUCUCUUACAUAUAGGAUCUCCUAUUCCCUGCUAUCCUCUCUUCCCUACUAUUCUCUGCCUAGCAGCGGCUGGGAUCUUCUAUCCCCGCCGGCAGCGACCCAAGUCCAUCGUCCCCUUCGAUGCCAGCCAAGACCAAGAGAGAGAGAUUGGGGCUGGCCAGCUGGGGCGAAGGGGCUUCUCUGGGCUGGAUGAGCGAGCGGCCGACGUGAGGGAGGUGGAAGGGCAACGAUGGAUGCGACGGCGGCCGGAGGCAUUGGCGGGGGAAGGGAGAGUGGCCCAGUGGCCUUGCUGGGCUGCUGCAGCCCGAACCAAACCGUUCCGAACCGCAAUUUGACUAAAACCAUACCGAUCCAGACCGCUUUUAAUCUCAAACCAAUCGAGCCCAGACCAACCGGAACCAAGUGUGUUUCCGCACCAGAAAAACCAAACGAGACCGCACCAUUACCAGGCCUACCUGUACCUUUACAAAAAACCCACCGAGUAGCGUGAUGCCAUUUUUCUACUUUGGCCAAGGCUUCCUUUCUGGACAACGCACCAAUCUGACCCAAUAUUUUUUCAGCUUGACUGACUCAUCAAUCACCAACCACUUGCACGAGAACCCAGCUGGCUGCCUAUAUAACCAUGCGCCAGCUAAACGCCCAUUCAACACGGACCAGGACAAUUCACUUGGAAGUUGAAAUCUCUCAACACUUGGUGGUGAAGCAAAUUAAAGCGAGAGACCAAAAGAGAAAAGAAAGCAGAGGGGGUGCAGUGAGCCAGGCGGGAGAAGCUUUGCCUUACAGUACAGCCGCCGGCAACAGGCGGCCAUGGCGUCCUACGACAAGGCCAUGGAGUCGUACAAGAAGGCCAUCACCACGGCGGCCUCCCUGGAGGCAUCAGCGAUGCUCGUGUGGGGCGUCGUCAACGAGCUGGUACCCUACGAGGUGCGCAACCUGCUCUUCUCCGGCAUGGGCUACCUCCGCUCCCACAUGUCCUCCCAGCACACCAUCAUCAUAGAGGAGACCGAGGGCUGGGCCAACAACCAGCUCUACGACGCCGCACGGGCGUACCUGGCGACGCGGAUCAACACUGACAUGCAGCGCCUCCGGGUCAGCCGUGUCGACGAGACCAAGAGCAUGAUGUUCAGCAUGGAGGAAGGCGAGGAGAUGGCAGACGUCCACGAGGGCACCGAGUUCAAGUGGCGACUCGUCUGCCGGGACAACUCCAGCGCCAGCAGCAGCAACGGCAACGGCAAUGGCCGCAGCGGCAAUUUCAAGCUCGAGGUCCGGUCCUUCGAGAUGAGCUUCCACAGGAAGCACAAGGAGAAAGCCCUCACCUCCUACCUUCCUCACAUCCUGGCCAUGGCCAAGAAGAUCAAGGAGCAGGACAGGACGCUCAAGAUCUACAUGAACAAAGGCGAGUCAUGGUUCGCCAUCGAUCUCCACCACCCGUCCACCUUCAGCACGCUUGCCAUGGAUCACAAGAUGAAGCAGUCGGUCAUGGAUGAUCUCGAGCGGUUUGUCAAGAGGAAAGAGUACUACAAGAAGAUCGGCAAGGCAUGGAAACGAGGGUACCUGCUGUACGGCCUGCCUGGAACCGGCAAGUCCAGCAUGAUUGCAGCAAUGGCCAAUUACCUCAAGUUUGAUGUGUAUGAUCUCGAGCUGACUGAGGUCAACUGGAAAUCCACCCUGAGGAGGUUGCUCAUCGGGAUGACCAACCGAUCAAUCCUUGUCACUGAGGACAUCGACUGCACUGUUGAGCUGCAACAACGGGAGGAAGGUCAGGAGGGCACCAAAUCCAAUCCUUCAGAGGACAAGGUGACACUAUCUGGGCUACUAAACUUUGUCGACGGGCUUUGGUCAACAAGUGGGAAGGAGAGAAUAAUCAUCUUCACAACAAACUACAAGGAGAGGCUCGACCCUGCGCUUCUGCGCCCUGGCCGAAUGGACAUGCACAUCCACAUGGGGUACUGCUGCCCGGAGUCAUUUAGAAUCCUCGCCUCCAAUUACCACUCCAUAGAUCACCACGCCACGUACCCAGAGAUAGAAGAGUUGAUCAAGGAGGUCAUGGUGACUCCAGCAGAGGUUGCAGAAGUGCUCAUGAGGAAUGAGGAGACUGACAUCGCACUUGAAGGUCUUAUCCAGUUUCUCAAGAGAAAGAGGGAUGGUACCAAGGACGGCAAAGCAGAAAAUGCUGGCCAGAUGGCCAAGGAGGAAGAACAAGAGGAAGAGAAGAUGAUGAUGUCCCAGACAAUCAAAAUCAUCAAGAUGAAAGCAAAGAAUGAUGUGUAUACACAGUGUGACAUCGAAAGAUUAGUGACUCCAACAAAAAUGUAUCGUUUUGCUAUAAUAAGAGAUCAUUUUUGGAACAAUAAGCUAGUCUGGUGUUGUGAAUUGUGAUACUUCAUGAGCUGGCCAGAUGGCCAAGGAGGAAGAACAAGAGGAAGAGAAGAUGACGAAAAGUGAUGUCCCAGACAAUCAAAAUCAUCAAGAUGAAAGCAAAGAAUGAUGUGUAUACACAGUGUGACAUCGAAAGAUUAGUGACUCCCAACAAAUAUGUAUCGUUUUGCUAUAAUAAGAGAUCAUUUUUGGAACAAUAAGCUAGUCUGGUGUUGUGAAUUGUGAUACUUCAUGAGCGCAUAGAAGUUCAGUUAUGAAAAGUAUCAGUUGCGAUUUCAAUGUACACAUACUUUUCAGUAUAAGCAGCCCACAAUACCCAAAU